UGCGAGUACGAGGGGUGCGCGCAGACGUUUACGACGGCGUUCAGUAUGCGGCGGCAUAUGGUCGGGCAUACGGAGGAUCGGCCGUUCAAGUGCAGUCGCUGCGGGCAGGGGUUCAAGAACCAGAGCGACUGCAAGAGGCAUGAGAAGAGCAACCGCAAGCAUUCGCCC